CGUCGCCAUGGAGCGCUACGCCGGGGGUUACGAGGAGGCGGCGGAUGGCGCCCGGCAGCAGGAGCGGCACUACCAGCUGCUGUCGGCGCUGCAGGGGCUCGUCAAGGAGCUGCCCAGCUCCUUCCAGCAGCGUUUGUCCCACGCCACCCUCAGCGACCUGGCCCUGGUGCUGAUCGACGGCACGGUGUUUGAGAUCGUUCAGGGGCUGCUGGAAAUCCAGCACCUCACCGAGAAGAGCCUGUACAACCAGCGGCUCAAGCUGCAGAGCGAGCACCGAGUGCUCAAGCAGACCCUGCUGACCAAACACAAGGAGGCCCAGCAGGCCUGCCGGCCGCACAACCUGCCCCUGCUGCGGGCGGCCCAGCAGCGCGAGCAGGAGGCUGUGGAGCAUCGCAUUAGAGAGGAGCAGCAGAUGAUGGAUGAGAAAAUCGUGCUGGAAUUGGACCAGAAAGUGGUGGAUCAGCAGAGCACCCUGGAGAAAGCCGGCGUCACAGGCUUUUAUGUCACCACGAACCCCCAGGAACUGACUCUGCAGAUGAAUUUACUGGAGCUGAUUCGGAAACUGCAGCAGCGGGGAUACCAGCCUGGAAAGCCCUUCCCCUGAGCGCGGCCCGGGCACCUGAACCGGCCUCAGUGGCCUCUCUGCCCGUCUCCCACCUCAGCAGGGAUUCCUUGGCCUUUUCCUUCCAGGAGAUGUCGGGCAGGCAGCUUCCUGGGGCAAGACCGCCUGCAUUUCCUGGGGUGGGGGGUUUCCAGUUAAAAUCUAAGCUUGGAGAGGGGCACCCCUGGUGACAUCUUUCUGUGGUGGUCAUCUUGGAAAGAGCCUCCAGCAGUGGCCUCUGGCCCCUUGACAGUGUUGGCAGCGAGGGGGCAGCUCUCAUGGUGGCCUCCCUGCUGCUUCUGGUGCGCUAGAGCAAGGAAAGAUGAGGGGAGUGGGCCAUGUGGGCCUGGGUCUCUUGUCAGCGUCCUGCCCCUCAGAGGCCGGCCAGCCCUUUGUCGAGGCCUCUAUUGUGGGGACGCUGGCUCCCCCCCCCAGCUCUCCUUGACCAUCCAGAGCCGAGCCCAGCCCACUGCACACGGGAGUGCUGGGGCUGAAUCUCUGCUCUGAUAGCCUAGCUGUGUGACCUUGGCCAAGUCUUGUCCCUUGUUUCCUUAUCUUUAAGAUGGGCCUAGUUUUAUUUUCAUUGCCCACUGGAGAAGCAACUGAGGACAGAGAACCAGCAUGAAUCAGGAUGACCAGGGUUCAGGGCCCCCCAUCUUGGGCCAGAUGUGUCUCAGUGCACGCCCCUCCCCAAAUGCCCGACUGACACUCAGGACGCCAGUGUGAGCCUUGAGCCGGUAACUGAUUUCAGAAGUCCCCUCCACCAAGGCAGACCCCUGGUGGACUCAGAUGAGGCUGGGGCAACACAGUAGGGGCUGCCUUUCCUUUGAAGCUCUUUGCUCACACCCACCUUGGGAGGUCUGGCCUGGGAGUGUUGCUCUUUUUCUUGAGGGAGAAACAGACUUGGGUGAAGUGACUUGCCCCCAGGGUCGCACUUAGCCAGAGUCUGAGUCCUGGAGGGUUUGCCCAGGCCAGAGAAGGAAGGGCAUUGGUGACCUGGGGCUCCUGGGCUUCUCCUGGUUGACCCUUCCCAGUAUUUGUCCCCUCCCCCAGCCUGCUGGUUAGCAGAAGUCACCCCGCCCCCUUUGAUCCAGCCCCUUGGCUAGUCCGCUUCUAAUUAGUAACAUAAUUGACGUUGCUCAUUAGUGUGGAGCUAACGUUGGAACUGCGCAGAGAAGGUUGGCCUGGCCCUGUGCUCGGGUGACACGCAAGCUUGUGAAAUGUUCCACAUUUUAAAUAUCUACUACAUAUGAAUAUACAUAUAUAUAUAUAUAUAUAUAUAUAUACACAUGUGUCUAUUUGUGUAUAUAUGUAUAUGUGUAUAUGUGUGUGUAUAUCUGUCUGUCUUGCCUUUCCCCUUCUUUUAGAUUGUGAGUUUCGGGAGGGCAGGACCCGGGUCUUAGCACUCUUCCACCAUGUGCUGUGUUUUUCAAUGAUUGUUUACUGAAUAAAUGGAUGAAUUUGAGUCA